AUGUUGUGUGUGGUUCUCAUGUUGUGUGUGGUUCUCAUGUUGUGUGUGGUUGUUGGGUUUGUGUGUAACGGGUCCUCUGGUCUGCAGUGUGUGGCAUCCUACGCUGUGAGCGCCACCUACUCAGCCUCAUUAUUGACUCUGCAGUGUUUCAAAAGACACCAGCUGGUGUGGCGCCAUCGCACACUCUCAGGGAAAGAAAGAUCAUGUGCUCUGGAGCACAACGAGCUGAAGAAGAUGUUCGUCGCACUGGACGGUCAGCUCCUGUGUUUGGUCUGCUGCCUGGAGAAACACAAGACCAUGAGACUGUGUCCUCAGCCUCGAGAGGGCCCAGAGGCAGGCACAAGCUGGGGCCAGAGACACCUGCUCCUCCAGGCGUCCAGCACAGAGACACAGAGCUGUGCUCACUCCAACAGCUAG